UGUGGCCAUUGUUUGUGUAGACUGAGUGCUUUGGCUGGCCGAGGCCGGCACCUCGGAGGCUUCGUAAGUGACGCGGACUCCCUGGGGCACCGAGCCAGGAGCGAACUGGGGCUGGGAGAGCUGUGGCUGAAGGAAAAGCGGCAGAAAGGGAGGGUCAGGGGCUGAGAAGCAGCUCAGACUUAGAAAUGCCGGAGACUCCAGGCUUAUUCACCUCAACACUCAACCUUGCCCUCAGAAAAGGAAGGAAUGUUCGCUAUUUUCCUCAUAGUCUGAGUCCAGAUUUCUUCUCCUGGAAAGUCUGAUUUUUGACCAGAUGGCUGUAACAUUUGAAGAUGUGACUGUCAUUUUUACUUGGGAAGAGUGGAAAUUCCUGGAUUCUUCUCAAAGGAAGCUCUACAGAGAAGUGAUGUGGGAGAACUACACAAAUGUCAUGUCAGUAGAAAACUGGAAAGAGAGCUACCUAACCCAAAAAGGAUUUGGAUAUCUGGAACAUGAAACUCUUUCCUACUGGCAAGCUUGGAGGAAUGCUGACAGUCAGACAUAUAAGAAUCAAAACUAUAUGGAAGUCAGUCUAGGAGAUUUCAAAAACCUAAAGCAGCAAGAACUUUCCCAUUGUGAAGAAUGGUUAUUACUCUCAACGCAAGUGCCAGAGUAUGGAAACUAUGAAAUGAGUUUUGAAGGCAAAAAUCCCAGGAACUUAAAAUAUACAAAGCUUUCACCUCAGCCAUCUUUAGAAAAAAAACAUACAGAAGACUGUGGUAGAGAAAUCUAUGUAGAUGAUUUACAUAGUUUUCAAGGAAGCAGAUACCAUUUUAAUAUAGCCAGGAAAAAUCUCUCCAUAGAAAAAGAAAAGAAGCCCAUAGUUCAGUAUUCCUAUGUCCCCAAAGAGGAAGCUCUUCCAGAGUACACUGGAGAGAUACAUCAAAAUGAUCUACUGAAACACUCUAUGGAAGAGAAAAACUGUGGAUGUAGUAAAUAUAAAGAAACUUACUAUUGGAAUUCACAGUGUCUUCUCCACAAAACAAAUGAACUUGGAGAAAAGUUUUAUCAAUGCUCCAGCACAACAUUCUUCUCUCAGAGAUUAGACCUAUAUAGACAACCAAGAAUCCACAUAGAUAAGAAGUUAUAUGAAUGUGAAAUUGGUGGUAAUUUUAGUCAGAACUUAGGGGCUCACUUUUAUCAGAGAGCUCACACAGCAGAAAUACCUUUUAUAUGUAACAUGUGUGGUAAGAGCUUUAGUCAGAUUUCAAAUCUUCACACUCAUCAAGGAGUCCAUACAAAAGAGAAACUCUAUAAAUUUGAGCGUGAUAAAAAACCCAGCAGAAAUUCUUUACUUCAUAUUCACCAGAGACUUCACAUAGGCGAGAAACCUUUCAAGUGUGAUCAGUGUGGUAAGAGUUUUAGUCGGAGUUCAGUACUUCAUGUUCACCAGAGAGUCCACACAGGAGAGAAACCAUAUAAGUGUGAUUUGUGUGGUAAGGGCUUCAGUCAGAGUUCAAAUCUUCGAAUUCAUCAUUUAGUUCAUACAGGAGAGAAGUCUUACAAAUGUAAUGACUGUGGUAAGGGCUUUACCCAGCGCUCAAAUCUUCAAAUUCAUCAGCGAGUGCAUACAGGAGAGAAGCCUUAUAAAUGUGAUGACUGUGGAAAGGACUUCAGUCACAGUUCAGAUCUUCGCAUUCAUCAGAGGGUCCAUACAGGAGAGAAACCCUAUACUUGCCAUGAAUGUGGGAAAGGCUUCAGCAAGAGUUCAAAGCUUCACACUCAUGAAAGAGUACAUACUGGAGAGAAACCCUACAAAUGUGAACAGUGUGGUAAGGGAUUCAGUCAGCGUUCACAUCUUCUCAUUCACCAGAGAGUUCAUACAGGAGAAAAACCCUAUAAAUGUGAUGACUGUGGAAAAGGAUUUAGUCACAGCUCUAAUCUUCACAUUCAUCAGAGGGUCCAUACAGGAGAGAAGCCUUAUAGGUGUGUGAAGUGUGGUAAGGGUUUCAGUCAUAGUUCAGCUCUUCGAAUUCAUCAACGAGUCCACUCAGGAGAGGAAACUCAUAAAUGCCAUGAGUAUUAUAAGGGAUUUGAUAAGAAUUCACAUCUUCAUAAUAGUCAUAGAAGAGAAACCUUAUAAUUCUGUUUAUUUAGUUAAUUGUUUUAUUAAUCUUAAUCAUAAGAAUUCCAGUAAAUGCUUCUGGGAAGAAAUUCGAUUCAUAGCCUAAGUAACCCCAAGCAACAUUUCUACUAAGAAUCAUGUACUUCAAGAAGAGAUCCUUAUGAUUCCAAUAUAUUUAAAAUUAAAAUGUAUUUUCUUUUUCUACUAAAAUAACAUCACUCUAAAAUUUAUACAACAUUUAAGGAGAGAACUCUGUUUCAACCUAGUUUGUGUGUGUGUGCAUGAAAUCAUGCUAUAGGUUUUAACUUUUUACUGUUAUUGACUUCAAAUUUUGAUUGGAAUUGAAAUUGGGUAACUGAAACAUCUUGACUCUCCUAUAAAGUCUCUAGGAAGCCAAAGAAAAAAAGGAAACAAGACUUGUAACUCAAACUUGUAAACAAAUUACUUGCUCAAAUGUUGGAGAAUUAUCCUUUUUAACUAGUAGCAUUCAGUUACUUGUGAUAAAAGAUAAGAAAAUAUUGAAUGGCCAUGUAUCCCAGAUAGAAUAUCUCAGAAAUGCUCUCUCUCAGCCAGAAAACUCAGGGACCAUCCUUUUGUUGCAGGAGUACAGCACUUUGAGGUGACCAUUAUGCACUCACCCAUUUUUCCACAUUUGUUCAAGGAUUCAGACAUCAAGUAACAAGUACAAGAUCUACUUUUCCUACAUAAGAUGUGAAAGAUGUGGACAAAAGUUAGUAAGGGUAAAUGGUAGAAACUAAAAAUGCUCCAUUUGUUUAUAAUUAGAAAUCUGAACAGAAAUUGAUUUAAAAAUUGCUGUAAAAUAGAGUGACAAUAAAGCCCUAUCUGCUAGAAACAAAAUUGAAACUCAAAGCCAUAUGCAAAAGUAUACUCACAAGAUAAUUAUGUAAAGAGAAUUUGGCAUUUAUAAAAAUGGAGUAGAAUCAACAGGAAUAAACAAAUCUUAACUACUGGAAUAUAAAUAAGUUUAGAUAUCUCUUGCUAGGAAAAUAAGCUAAAAAUAUUUGUUUAGGAAAAUAAGAGGGAUUUGUGAUACCAAAGAAAAGAAUAUCAUUGUAAAAACGUAUAUCUAUGCCUCUGAAAAUUAGCUAUGUUUCCUGAAGAAGUAUUUUUUCUAAAUGGUGUCCACAAGUAACAUAACAGAAAGCUUGAAAUAAAUAGAACUAGACUAGAAGUCUAUAAGUAGUCUCUAAUGUAAAAAAAAAAAAAAAAAAAAA